CCGGUCGACCCGCCCGCGUGCACGAGCUGUCGGUCCGGCAGAGCUGCGGCUGCCUGUCUCCAUAGCGACGAGACCCCGGAAAUACGCCGUAAUGCGCCGGUGGUGAUAAGCUUACUGCGUGUUCAUCUGCCGUUUUGUUUAUCAAAGUAACAAACUAAUAACAGACUCUUUGUUUGUUUGUUUGUUCGCGGGUUGAGCUGGUAAACAUGUCGGAGCCCGAGGAGAAGCUGCAGGGAGAGCAGAGAGAUAGCACGAAGAAGAAGAAGAAAGAAAAACGAAGCGGGAAGAAGAAGAAAAAGGAGAAGAAGGAGCAAGAAGAAGAGCAACAGGUGGAGGAGGAGGACGAGAGUGAGUGUGUUGUGCUGCGUGGGAUCUUCAAACUGGGGAAAAAGAGUCAUGACGUCCUGCUCACCCGAACCAGACUGACCUGGACCCCCAUCACCCCAGAAACCCCCACAGGUGAGGCAUGUGUGGUGCAGCCAGGUGUGGUACUGCUACAGGACGUGUAUGCGGUGAAGGUGAAGCGGCGGCGAGCGAUAGGUCAGCAGUCCGGAGGGGCCGUGCUCGGUGUGGCUCUGUUCUGCUGCAAGAGGAGAGGGAAGAGGCUGGAGGAGGACACGCUUCACCUCCAUAAUGCCUCUUCAGAGCACACACACACCUGGUACAACACAUUAAAGGAGCUGCUCGCAGGGUUCAGCAGUCGUCCGAGGUAUCUGAAGGUGUUCAUCAACCCCAGCAGCCACAAGAAGGAGGCCGUUCACAUCUACAGAGAUCAUGUGGCUCCGCUCUUCAAGAUGGCUGAUGUCCGCACUGACAUCACUGUGACAGAGAGAAAGGGACAUGCUCUCUCAGUGAUGAAGGAAUGCAAGUUGGAUGAAUAUGAUGGGGUGGUGUGUGUUGGCGGGGACGGUUCGGUGGCAGAGCUCUGUCAUGCUGUGGUCCUCAGAGCUCAGCUGGAUGCUGAUUCUCCAGAGAAACCAGUGAAACCAGUGCUGCCACUUGGAAUCAUUCCAGCUGGGUCUACAGAUGUGGUUUCCUGUUCUGUUCAUGGAGUCAGAGAUCCGGUCACUGCAGCCUUGCACAUCGUCCUGGGUCACCUGCAGCAGGUGGACAUGUGCAGCUUCUCCUCUCUCGGUCAGUUGGUGCGUUUUGGUUUCUCCGCCAUGUUUGGCUUUGGUGGACGGAGCUUGGCACUGGCAGAGAAGAAGAGAUGGAUGCCAUCGUCACGGCGACGAGAGUACGCUCUGGUGAAGACACUGGCUAAGCUGAGGCCAGAGGACUGCCAACUGUCUUUUUUACCUGUAAAGAUGUCAAAAAAGAAUUUAUUUGAACAUCGAGACCAGACCCAAGACCAAGAGCCAGAAGGGGAAGAGUCCUGGACGACCAAUCAGGGCCUGUAUCUAAACAUCAGCAUCAUGUCCAUCCCCUGUCUGAGUCCACACACGCCUCAAGGCCUGGCUCCAAACACCAGGCUGGCCAAUGGCAGCGCUGCAUUGAUUGCAGUUGGAAACACUUCCAGGUCAGAGUUCAUCAAACACCUGAAGAGAUACAGCAACUCCAGUGGACAGUUCAGCUUCUCCUUCGUGGAGACGCAUGCCGUGUCAGCAGUGAGGAUCCGCCCCCGGGCGCUGACUGGCUGGUCGGAGGAGGAGAGUGAGGAAGACGGCGACUCUAAAACCUCUCCCAUCAUCCAAUCAGAGGGAGCCGCCUUCCCCUGGAACAUCGAUGGAGAGCUGGUGGAGAUCGCUAACGAAGUGCUCAUCAGGGUCCAUCCACGACUCAUCACUCUGUACGGAGAGGAGGUGGAUGAGGCGGAGAUGACCGUCUCCUGCAGCUGCAUAUGAGUCCAACUUAGGGAGCUGCUGUGUUUGGACCAAGACACGUUGCCAUAGUGACCUGUCCCGUCUAGAUCAUUACGGUUUCCAUAGAGAUGCGAUGAAAGCGAUGAAGAACUUUCAUUUAAAGCAGCAAAAACUGUGGCAGAGCUUUGCAUUUUUUAGGCCAUUUGAUACAGCUCUAAUAACCAGAAGGUACUUUGUAAGCUACAUCUAACGCCAAUGCCUGUGCUUUAAGAACUGAGCUAACUGAUGAAGAUGAACAUCUUAUAUUCAAAUAAUGUUUACAUUUUACUCUAUUUUAAUUACCAGCUUCUCUCAGAUGAACUGAACUUUUAUCUCAAAUGUGUUGCCUACUUUUUUUAUUCUAUUUUAUUCUGGUCCAGCCUCCCGUCUCUCUGUAUGUAAUUUGUGAAAAUAUAAACAUGUGAGCUAAAAAUAGUUGAAUGAACCCAACACUGUGAGGAAAGGGAGAGCAAACUUAGUGUGUCCUCAGUGUAUUGAUUAUUGUUUGAAUGGUGUUUGUGUGUUGGUGAGCAGCUUUCUGUACAGACAAGAAAGCUGCAAUACAAUUAGAACCAGACCGGAGGAGCCCAGUGUGUCCAAAGACUGUAAAAGUUUUAUAUUUUCAUAUAACGGUGAAGUUUUUAACCUGAGAUGGCUUUUUAUAUUUAGAAGCUCUUUCCAGCCUUUCUCUUCAAUGCAGAUUUUUAGAUUAGCUCCUGUGGUCUUUAUUAGAAAGAAACAAGUACAGGUUGUUGUUUAAAUAGAAAAUCAUUCAUUUUAAUGGAAAAUUGUUGAUAAAAGCAGUGAGACUCCAGUGCAGAACAACUUCACAUAAACAAAAACAACAAACUCAUUUAUUAAAACAUUAAAAAAAAAAAAAA